CAGGUUUAUAGCCGCGGCGGCCCGGGUGCCCCGGACCUGCAGAGAUGGCGACUACCGGCUGGCUCCUGGGCAGACGCGUGGCGAGUUGGAGGCUGCGUCCUCCGCUGCGGGUGCUCGCCGGCCUCGUUCCCCAGCGGGCCCACUCGCUGUUGCCCGUGGACGACGCGAUCAAUGGGCUAACAGAGGAGCAGAAGCAGCUUCGUCAGACCAUGGCUAAGUUCCUUCAGGAGAACCUCGCCCCCCAGGCACAAGAGAUUGAUCAGAGCAAUGAGUUCAAGAAUCUGCGAGAAUUUUGGAAGCAGCUGGGGAACUUGGGAGUCUUGGGCAUCACAGCCCCUGCUCAGUAUGGUGGCUCCGGCCUGGGCUACCUGGAGCACGUGCUGGUGAUGGAGGAGAUAUCUCGAGCAUCUGCAGCCGUGGGCCUCAGCUACGGUGCCCACUCCAACCUCUGCAUCAAUCAAAUCGUGCGCAACGCAAAUGAGGCCCAGAAGGAGAAAUACCUCCCCAAGCUGAUCAGCGGUGAAUACAUAGGCGCUUUGGCCAUGAGUGAGCCCAAUGCUGGCUCUGAUGUUGUCUCCAUGAAGCUCAAAGCAGAGAAGAAAGGUGAUCAUUAUGUCCUGAAUGGCAAUAAAUUCUGGAUCACCAAUGGCCCCGAUGCCGAUGUCCUUAUUGUCUAUGCCAAGACAGACACAGCUGCUGUGCCAGCUUCUCGGGGCAUAACAGCCUUCAUCGUGGAGAAGGGGAUGCCUGGCUUCAGCACCGCCAAGAAGCUGGACAAGCUGGGCAUGCGCGGCUCCAACACCUGUGAGCUGGUCUUUGAAGACUGCAAGGUGCCCGCUGCCAACAUCCUGGGCCACUUGAGCAAAGGUGUGUAUGUGCUGAUGAGCGGGCUGGACCUCGAGCGCCUGGUGCUGGCUGGCGGACCCCUUGGCAUCAUGCAGGCCGUGCUCGAUCACACGAUCCCCUACCUGCACGUGAGGGAAGCCUUUGGCCAGAAGAUCGGCCACUUCCAGCUGAUGCAGGGGAAGAUGGCUGACAUGUACACCCGCCUCAUGGCCUGUCGGCAGUACGUCUACAAUGUGGCCAAGGCCUGCGAUGAAGGCCACUGCACCCCCAAGGACUGUGCUGGUGUGAUCCUCUAUUCGGCCGAGUGCGCCACCCAGGUAGCCCUGGACGGCAUCCAGUGUUUCGGUGGCAAUGGCUACAUCAAUGACUUUCCCAUGGGCCGCUUCCUGCGCGAUGCCAAACUGUAUGAGAUCGGGGCCGGCACGAGCGAGGUGAGGCGGCUGGUCAUCGGCAGAUCCUUCAACUCGGACUUCCACUAGCCUGGAGACAAGCCGACCGCCCCCUUUCCCAGCACCUAGACGCCUUUUCUGGGCGGGACAAGUGGCAGCACUCCUUCGCUGCCCGAGGCAAGCUCAUAGCGCAGAUGUCCUGCUUUGUCAGCCCGCUGGCCUCUGCAGGAGAUGGACUCCCGCUCCCCUCCCCCCUAACCUGGCCUGCCACACACCAUGGGCCUCUGGGCCACGCCAGCCAGCCCAGGAGCAGCACCUGGACAUACUGGGAGGGCUUUGCCAAUCGUCCUUGCCCUCCAACUCCCAGUCCUGUCGCACCCCCAUCUCUAGAAUAGGUACCUGGGGCUGGAGUGAUAGCACAGCGCGUAGGGCGUUUGCCUGCACGCAGCCAACCCAGGUUCCAUCCCCAGCAUCCUGUCUGGUCCCUGGUGCACCACCAGGAGUAAUUCCUGAGCACAGAGCCAGGAGUAACCCUUUUGCUUUGUUAGCUGUGGUCCAAAAAAGCCAAAACAAAAUCCUGGAUAGGUAUCGAGGUUGCCCCUUUUUCUUGAUGACCCUUUGGCAGGGCUAUCUCUGUCCAAGUGAACUGGAAAUAUUACCCUCUCCCCUCUAUUCAAACUUAAUUACCUCUUUUCUUCCUGGGGAACACUCCCACCCCCAAACCUCACCUUUCUUUCUGCCCAUCUUGUGGGCAGCAGCUUGUGAGCAAGCCCCUGUUCUGUGGCAACCCCUCCUUCCCCCCAGGACUCCCCACGUGGGAUGGACCCCUGGGAUGAGGCCUCUCCAAAUCCUGGCAUGCCCUGAGUCCACAGCAGGGCCAACACAUGCCCAUACGUGUGUGGGACCAGCCCGCAUGGGGGCUGCAGCACCUCUGAGUACCACACUCCAGCCAAGCACGUGACACCCACAGCUGCAGGGCUGGUGGGGGUGGGGGGGGUACAGGCCUGGGUGGGCUGGCCAGAUUCCAGCAGCUUCUGCCAGAGUGCAUUUCUCCGGACACCCUGUGGCUACUUUUGUUACAACCGCACAGCGGCUUCUGCCAUUUUGUAUUAAAGGAUUUUGAAGAAAAACUUACCUGCUGUUAUACCGGUGGUUUGCAGGAAACACUGUGUGGUGUGGCUUCCCUCACCGCUGCUUCCCCACCAUGUCCAGGGAGAGUGAAGGGAUGGUACUGAGGGGUGAAAUCAGCCUUCAGGAUGGAGGACAUCUCCACCCUCCCCCCCGCCACACACACACACACCUUCCCGCCCGGCCACUUAAAGAGGGAGCCCAAAGCUGCAUCUGUGUUUUGCUUUCCCAAGGUCAGAACUGGUGCUGGAACGUAGAGCACCAUCGAUGGGGUGUGGGCGAAUGCCAGCAUAGCCACUGCACAGCCCCCUGAGGCCAGCCGGAGACAGGUCGAGGGUCCACCCCAGCUGGGUUCUCUAUGCCCACUUGUUUUCUUGGCUGGCAGCCCAGAGGUGCCUGCUCUGGCUUCAGGUCCUGGCCUGGAGCCAAAUACCAUUCACAGCCUGAGGCUUGAGCCUUGUCCAGUUCCAGCCUGAGUAGAGGACGCAGGACUCUGGGGCACUGUCAGGUGCCAGCCGGGUGUGGUUGAACGCGGCUGAAGUGGUCUGCUUGGGUUUCCUGUGGAGCCAGAACCAGUCUAGACACACUCCAAAUUUGACAGACGGAGAUGUUCUGCCCCGUCAGUAUCGGUCACGGAGCCUGGUCACCAACUUGGGGAGAACGUGAUUGUUCUCCUGAUAUGCUUUGUGUGAAAUAAGAAUGUUUUAAAAUAAAAGUACAGGAAAAAGACAAGA